GUGAAUUCAAACGAUGAUCUCUCCACAUGACAACUUACAAAAUCUUCACACAGUCGACAUCCUGUUAUCCCCAAUCCCCCCUUUCCGAUGAUUCCAUAACUGCGCCUUCAGAUUCACGCCUCGGCGCAUAGAAAUGGUUAAUCCAGAGCUCUUCAGCUUCAACCAUCCCUCGGCAGAGCCGCAAUGCCUGAGAAGCUAAAGGCUCCAUCUCUCCAGCAAUCGCAUGCCCAAAACCUUCGAGAUGGCGCGCUCCGAAGGCUCUCGAGAUCACCGCAUCCCUACUUCCGACAGAAAUUCGAGUUAGCACAUCUCUCCGAGGGGUUCCCCUUGACCACCCCGCCAACACAGUCCCAGUCGCGCUCAACACGCCCGGAAGACGGGGAUGAGCAGGAUGGCUCAAGAACGCAGUCCCGGAACUACCGGGAGUCUACGAACAGCGAGAGUGGGACAGAGGCAGACGAUGAACAUUUUUUGAAGGGUCUCCCUGCACCGAAGCUACGUCCGCACAAAGGUCUUAGGGGGCUAGAGGGGAGUCUGUCCAGCUCGCCGAGCCCGCUAAUGUCACCCGCCAUACUUGAUGAAGAUCCUGCGAAGAUACGGAAUUAUCUGCGGAGGUCAUCGGCUACGGUUUUGGAUGAAGGAGAUGUGCGGAGAGCGGCGGAGAAGCUACGGCAGAAACGGAAGGUGGAAGUCUUGAGACGAGCUACGGAGGGUGCAAUAUUGUUCUUGGUGGGCUCGAUAUUGUGUUGCGACUUGGACGUGCGGAAACUCCUACGCUUGUGGAGGAGAGAAUUUGUUUGUCAAGCUUUGAUCAUAUCAUCCCUUGUUGCCAUAUACCCUCUACGAUUAUUAAGACAUCUCAACCCGUCACGGCCAUGGAAAAGGCCUUUUCCACUGGCCCUCCCGGCUUCCUUCGAUGCUGCGCCUUUGCUUUAUCCACCAAGUCUGACAAUGCUCGUUUCGAUGGUCCUCUCCAAAAUAACUCCCAUUGGACUUUUACCAAGCAUUAUUCUGGGCAUAUCCACUCUUCCGAGACAUUUGAUCCCUUCUACUGGAGGAAUAGGAGGCUCCAACACCACGCAUUGGUUUCUCUCCUGUAUCCCACUUCUAGUACCCAAAACUUUGGCCACAUCAAAGGUCAUUCACGACACACAAGAGCAAAAUAUUGCAUUGGCUCCUGAGAGCUUAGUUCUCCUUCAACCAUUACAUCAGGCACUAUGCGUGACUUUGAACUAUCUGACUACGACCAGUCUUCUUCCAGCAGAGUUACAACUUCUCUCAGUGUCUUUGAUUGAAUUGCUACUUCUAGCUUCAUCUCCACAAAAUACCAUUUUGAAAGCACUCCUUUGGGGUGGUGGAAUCGGUGUUCUAAUCAGCUGUGGCCAUGUGCUCAGAUGGGGAAUUGCACUGGCCAGGGUACCGAAAUGGCGCUUCAGGCGAGCCGGAGAAGUUUCGAAGGGGAAGGGGAUAAUAUUUACGCUGAAGCCGCUUUCGUUAAUGCUUGGGGCCUCGGUAUACGUCAAAGAUCCUAUUGUGGCGGAUACAAGUAGCGAUGAGGAGGAUGUUACGGAAUUGCUUGCAGCAUCGCCAAAGCUCAAGCUCAAUACCUCGAUGCCUUCCCCACAGACUGCAGAGCCGGAAUCUGUGUCGGCCAUUGAGCCCAAAACGAAGACGAACUCCCUUUUUAUGAACGGCUCGGCCAGAAUGGGUGGGGAUCGAAGCUUUUCAGCCAGCCGGAGACAUACACUACCUACUCUAAAUUUCCUUCCUACAAGGUCGAGCAAGAGGACUCCGUCGGGACGCAGGAAAAGAGCUAGUUCAUCGAGCGUUCGGGCUUUCUCUUCUCUCACCCAAAAACAAGCCACGAUACGAAAAUGGCUUUACGCAAUAUAUGUAUACAUCUGUGUAGUGGCUAUCAUUCUAGUCGCUAUCAGAGAAUACGUGGGAAAUAUAGCAUUGAAUGGAAAUGAACCGGUUGGGUGGGCUCUGGGAUAUCUAUUCGGAGAUCUGCCAUGGUUCAGAAUGGAAGUCGUUAGUUACAGUCUCCAACGAUGGAUUUGUCUGCCACCAAGGAGUGGCUUGGAGUAUGAAGAAUCAUGCUACCUUGGAUGGGUGGAGCACUUACGACACGCAUCUUUUGGAGAAGCGAACACUCGAUUGAUAUUAUGUGCCUACUGGCUGGCAAUCAUUAUCGUCGGUCUGGCGAUCGUCUUCCAGCUAUCCGCUGUCUACGAAGUCGACACGAGACGAAAAGUCUUCCAUUUCAUGAUGGUAGCAAUGUUACUUCCGGCAACCUACGUGGACCCCACCUUCGCAGCCCUAGCAUUGAGCCUGAUGCUCGCAAUCUUCCUCCUGCUCGAUCUAUUCCGAGCCUCUCAGCUUCCACCACUGUCCAAAUCCUUGGCAUAUUUCUUAACCCCUUAUGUGGACGGGAGAGAUCUCAAGGGACCGGUAGUAAUAUCCCACAUUUUCCUCCUUAUUGGUUGCGCGAUUCCGCUCUGGCUUUCUCUCGGCUCGCUCCCCAGAAGUGGCAAAGGGUACCUUGAAGGCUGGGAAGUCCCAACGAGGGAAGUCAGCAUGGUGUCCGGCGUCAUCUGCGUCGGUAUGGGCGACGCAGCAGCAUCGUUAAUCGGCCGUCGCUACGGCCGCCACAAAUGGAUCUGGGGAGGCGGGAAAAGCAUUGAAGGCAGCUUGGCGUUUGCUACUGCCGUGGCACUGGCGUUACUUAUGGCAAAGGCGUGGCUUAGAAUCGGUGGGUGGCCCGCUAAUAACGAGGAUUCUUGGGGAAGAACGAUGGGGAAGGCGGGCUUUGCGGCAGGAGUCGCGAGCUUGACGGAGGCAGUGUUGACGGGUGGGAAUGAUAAUGUGGUUGUUCCUGUCAUACUGUGGCUUUGUGUUAAAGGGUUAGAUAUUUAGAACAGGAUAUUGAUGGGAUAUAGAAUCAUAUCUCGAGAAGUUACAACGUUUCGAGAGAGAGAGAGAGGUGGUCGUUUUGGCCGACUUGGCUUGCUACUACCCGCGAAGUCUCUCGGGUAGAUAAUCGCAGUGGAAGAUCCAGGAUAUCACGAAGGUUUUACUCUUUGUCCUGAAUAGUAUUAGGACAUUUUACGGACGCAGUAUGAAAUAGCUUUGCCUCAUCCUUUCGACUUUGUUCUGAGAAGAUCGGAUGAAAAGAAUCUCGCUUCGCUAUACCUUUACUCUACAUCUGAACUGACGGUUUUGGAGUGUUGGUUUUCAACGGAUACGGUCUUCGGUAGCAAUGCCAGAAGUUUGCAAAUCCCAAGGCGUGUAUCAC